AUGCGUGAUGCACCUGGCUUCUACCGCUCGAGCGGGUGUCUUGCCAAGGGGGCCGCAGCGUUUCAUGGGGACCAGGAUUCUUGCGCCACUCAGGCUGGAGAUAAUACAGACCAAGGGGCGUCUUGCAGAACGCUUUCUUCAUUGAUUGUCCUAGCACAUGGAGAGGAGCCCAUGCGCACGUUCGAUUGCGAUGUGGACAUCGGGGACAGGGAGUCAAUGAAGGACAAUCCGGACGCCCUCGGGGAGAACUGCAUGGGGCGCGGUUUGCCACAGAAUCUCUCAUGGUCCGGCGAGAGCCGCGCGGACUGCGUUGCCGACUAG